AUUUCUGAACCACAUAAAUCAUGCAGUACAUGAAACGUUGGUCAUGGGUCCACUCAAUAAUUUUCUAUACGUUCUAUACAGUAAACAAGAAGGCAUAGCCACCAAUCUUGACUAACUUCAUUGUAUAAAAAGUGUGGAUAUGAAGAAGGCACAGCCACCACAAACUUAAAAUUCCUCAUCUAACCUACCAUGGCAGAAUCAUUUGCAUUUGAUAUUGCUAAUUCACUCUUAUGUAAACUUGCUUCUUAUGCUUAUGAAGAAGCUUCUCGAGCCUAUGGUGUGUAUAAAGAUCUUCAAGGGAUCAAAGACACUCUCUCAAUUGUCAGUGGCGUGCUAUUAGAUGCUGAGUACAAGAAAGACCAAAAGCACGGGCUACGUGAAUGGCUGAGGCAGAUUCAUAAUAUAUGUUCUGAUGCUGAAAAUGUAUUCGAUGGAUUUGACUUGCAGGACAAGCGAAAACAAGUCUUGGAAGCUUCUGGAAGCACACGGACGAAGGUACACCAUUUAUUUUCUUCGUCCAAUCCACUUGCAUUCCGUUUUAGAAUGGCGCGUCAAAUUAAAGAGAUUAGAGAUAGAUUGAAUAAAGUGGCAGCUGAUGGGACCAUGUUUGGACUUGCAACCAUCAAUGUCGAUCCCAGACUUGUUGUUCAAAGGAGAGAAAUGACGUAUCCUCAUGUCGAUGCUUCAAGUGUCGUAGGAAGAGAGAGUGAUAGGGAAGAAAUUAUCAAGCUUUUAAUAAAACCACAUCCUCAAGGUGAUGGUGAUGGUGAUAAAAGAUUGUGUGUUAUUCCCAUAGUGGGAAUUGGUGGCUUGGGGAAAACCACACUUGCCAAGCUUGUGUUUAACGAUACAAGGAUGGAUAAACUUUUUCAACUGAAGAUGUGGGUGUGUGUCUCUGUUGAUUUUGACAUCAAUCAGAUAAUAAUUAAAAUCAUCAACUCUAUCCAAAAAAUUAAAAUCAUCAACUCCGCCAAUACUUCCACUUUUUCUUCAUCUUCCGCGUCAAUGAGUAGUUUUGAUCACCAAGAAAACAUAAACAAUUUAGAUAUGGUACAACUAGUAAGUCUUCUGAUAAAAAAACUUUAUGGUAAAAAGUUUUUACUCGUGUUAGAUGAUGUAUGGAAUGAAGAUCGUGCUAAGUGGAUUGAGUUGAAAGAUUUGAUAAAAGUUUGUGCAUCAGGAAGCAAAAUUGUGGUGACAACACGUAGUAAAUCAAUUGCUUCGAUGAUGGGUAAUGUUCCUGCAUACAUUUUGAAAGGCCUUUCUCGAACGAAUUGUUUAUCUUUGUUUGUCCAAUGGGCAUUCAAGGAAGGCGAAGAAGAAAAAUAUCCAAAUCUAGUAGAGAUCGGAAAAGAAAUUGUGAAAAAAUGCCAAGGGGUUCCGUUAGCUGUGAGAACAUUAGGAAGUUCCCUCUUCUCAAACUUCGAUUUAAGUAAGUGGGAAUUUGUUAGAGACUCCGAGAUAUGGAAUUUAGAACAAAAGAAAGACGGCAUUUUAUCUGCACUAAAAUUAAGUUAUGAUCAAAUGUCAUCCUAUUUGAGACAAUGUUUUGUCUGUUUUUCCCUUUUUCCCAAAGAUCAUAUCUUCAAUAGUGAUGUAAUGUGUAGUCUUUGGGUAGCCCUUGGAUUAGUUCAAUCCCUAAACGGAAGUGAGAAGCUAGAGAGUAUUGCAAGAGAAUAUAUUGAUGAGUUGCAUUCAAGAUCGUUUCUUCAAGAUGUCGAUGACUACGGAUCCUAUUGCGAGUUCAAAGUACAUGAUUUGAUACAUGAUCUUGCAUUGUAUUUUGCAAGAGAGGACUUUGUAGCGAUAGACUCGCAUACUCAGAAUAUACCUCUGCAAGUAAGGCAUUUAUCAGUUAUUGAAAAUGAUUCACUUGACCAUGGUUUGUUCCCGAAGUCUAGAAGUUUGAGAACUAUACUAUUUCCCAACCUCGGAGUGGGUCUUGCAAGUGAAAGUGUUCUAGAUACAUGGUUAUCAAGAUACAAAUACUUGCGUUAUUUAAAUUUAAGUGAUUCUUCAUUUGAUACUGUGUCAAAUUCAAUUACAAAGUUAGAGCAUUUGCGUUUUCUUGAUCUUUCUCGUAAUACGAAAAUCAAAAGAUUACCAAAUUCCAUUUGCAAACUCCUAAAUUUGCAAGUUUUGUCGGUUAGCGGGUGCACGGAGCUUCAAAAAAUGCCUAAAGGAUUAGGCAAGCUUAUCAGCCUUCAACGUCUUACUAUAACCACAAAACAAUCUGUUCUGCCACAGGGUGAAUUUGAAAGGUUGAUCCAUCUUCAAACUUUAAGUUUUCAUAUUUGUGAUAAUUUGAAGUUUUUGUUCAGACAAAAACUCCCUUCCAUUGAAGCAUUGUAUUUUUAUUCAUGUCGGUGUUUAGAGUCCAUACCUCUCUAUAUUUUCCCUAAAUUACAGACUUUGUACAUUAGCAACUGUGAGAAGUUAAACCUAUUGUCGAACAAUGAAAGUCCAAAGCAAAGAUUGAUGAUGAAACAUUUGUACCUCGUUGGAUUUCCAAUGUAUCAGACAUUGCCUGGAUGGAUUUUAUAUGCCCGGGAAACUUUAGAGACCUUGGAAAUUAAUUGUUUUCCUAAUCUUAAGAUGCUUCCUGAGUAUCUAACUACAAUGACUCGUCUUAAGAGGCUCUAUAUUAUUGGUUGUCAUCAACUGUUGGAUCUUCCAAGCGACAUGCAUCGCCUCACUUCCCUUGAAGAUUUGCGCAUAAUUGAUUGCCCUGAAUUAAAUCGGAAAUGUCAGCCCCAAUCUGGUGAGUACUGGCCCAUGAUUUGUCAUAUCAAGAGCAUUUUCUUUAAUGAACCAGGAGGAGAGAAGAAGGAAUGAAGUCAUCAAACCUUGAAGAUGAUGAGAUUGAAGUGGAAAAGGGAUAUUCAGCUUGAAGGGACACAAAAGGAGAAGACAACUUAGGCAAUGUAAUAGAUGUGGUUUCUGCAAUCGAGGAUUCACCAAAAGAAAGAAGACCAGUGAUUGAUAGACAACCGAGAACAUGAAUGUCUGACCAGUAGGAACAUAGGUGUUUUUAUUGUAAUGUUUCAUGUAUUCUAAGAUUUCAAAUGAUUAUUCUCAUUCUUGUUAUAUUCAA